AUGGAACGCCUCCAUGGCAGUUUUCAGGAGCAGAUGUCAUCGAGGAUGGAGAAGCUGCAUGGAAGCAUACAAGACCGGCUUGAGCGCUUGGAGAAGCAGUUUGGGCAGGCGGACGAGCGCCGCACAAAGGACUGGGAGGUGCGUUUGACUACCAUGGACCAGCAGCUCUCCGAGUCCAUCGCCACGCAUGGCCGGAAGCUGGAGCAGGCCCACUCCAAGUGGGACCAGCUACAUGGCCGCAUGGCCACCCUGGAGGCUCAGGGAAGCACUAUCGACCAGUUGAAGCAAAACCACGCCAAGCGCGAUGCUCACCAUGCUUCCAUGGCUGAGCGCUUGGAAUAUGUUGAGAAAAUGCUUGGCGACUCUGCCGAUCGCCACAGCCAGGAGCUGAAGGCCGCCCACCAGAAGCUGGAGCAGGUCCACGGCCGACUCUCCGCGUGUGAGCGAUCGCACAACACCCUAACGGAGCAGCAGCGAGCCCGGGAGGUCAACUUGGACGCUCACCACGCAACGCUCAAGGAGCGCGUGGACUACCUAGAAGGCGCCAUCGGUGACUCAGCGGACAGGCAUUCUCGGGAACUCGAGAGCUUGAAGACGGCCCACAGCCGACUUCAAAGCGACUCGAAAGCUAAGGAGGCGCACACUGACGCACACCAUGCCAACGUGGGAGAGCGGCUCUCAUUCUUGGAGAAGGCGAUUGGAUCGACAGUGGACGGUUUGAAGAAGGCGCAUGCGAACCAUGUGUCUGAUCAAACAGCACGAGAUGCGCAUCAUGCGACUCUCGCGGAGCGGUUGGACUACUUGGAGAGGAUGUUUGGAGAUUCCGCAGACAUGCAUGCCAAGCAGCUGAAGGCAGCCCACGACAAGAUCGAGAAGAUCCAUGCUCGCGUGGCAAGCUGCGAAGAGACGGGCUCGACCGUGGCAGACUUACACAAGUCGCACCAGCAGGUAAACCAAGAGCACCGCGACAAGAUCUCCACCCUGCACUCUUCCGUUAGCGAGCGGCUGAGCUACCUGGAGGGCUUGAUGGGCGAGUCUGCCGAGCUACAUGCCAGGGAGCUGGAAGCUUUGAAGACGUCGCACUCGCGAAUGGCCUCGGAAGUGAAAGCUCGCGAUGCCCACCAUGCGACCGUAUCGCAGCGCCUGGACUACAUCGAGAAGCUCUUAGGCGACUCAGCUGACAAGCACGCCCAAGAGCUCAGGGCGGCCCAUAGCAAGAUUGAUCAAGUGCAUCAAAGAGAAAGCUUACGAGCUCUUCUACACUCUGAAAAGGAGGCUCGGCAAAAGCACGUGGCCACGGUGGAAGAACGGCUGGAACGAUUGGAAACGUCUCUGGGUGAGACCCACAGCAAGCAUGCUUUGGAGAUCGAGUCUACCAAGGCUGCUCACCAGAGAUUAAGCAAGGAGCAGAAGUUGCGUGAUGACAAGCAUGCAACCGUCGCAGAAAGGCUGGAAUAUUUGGAAACGAAGAUCGGAGACUCCUUCGACCAACACGAGCGUGAGCUGAAAGCGGCACAUGCAAAGUUGGAGCAGGCUCAGAACCGAAUUCUCCAGUGCGAGAAGCAGGGCGCCACGAUCUCCGAACUCCAUCGGUCCCACAGCUCCAGCUCCCAAGAGCACAAAGCGGCUCUUGCGGCCCACACGGCUUCUUUGGGCGAGCGCCUGGAGUUCCUGGAGAAGAGUUUGGGCCAGUCUGUGGAAAAGCAUGCCAAGGAGGUGGAGGCCCUCAAGGUCUCUCACUCGAAGUUUGCCACUGACACGAAGCUUCGGGCAACGGUAUCGGAACGCCUCGACUACGUCGAAAAGAUGGUCGGGGAUUCGGCGGACAAGCACGCCAAAGAGUUAGCAGCGGCCCAUGACAAGAUCAAGGCUCGUGGCAACCACGUGGAUUUCAUGCGAAAGACACACGAGAAGAUGGCGAACGAGCAGGCUCACAGGGAGCAGAUUCACGCGCGCCUGAACGAGGAGCGGCAGAUGCGAGAGCAGGCUGGGUGCAUGAGCAGUUCCAGACCGAGAAGGCAGGCAGAAGCAGAGCAGAUGAAGAACUUCUCCUUAACGAUCAUGGAGAACACGGCCGUUCCUGGACCUGCUGGAUCUGCUGACAUGGCUGUGGAUCUCGAGCAAGUUGAGCAACUUGGGUCACCGACCGAGCUGGCAGAGGAGAGCGACAUGGAACAUGAUGCGGACGUCAAGCUCGAGCCCAAGGUGGAGAAAGAGAAAACGGAGAAGAGUGAGAAGAGAAAACGAGAGAUUAAGAAAGCUCGUCCUGACGCCCAAGCUCAAGCGAUACCGGAUGAUUCGGACGAGGAUCUUGGGAGUCCUUCCAAGAAAGCCCAUGGUGACGACAGACCUAUCUCAGCCCGUGAGCUUCGUGAACUCCUUGUUGGGCAUCGGGAUGACAUGAAACAAGCAUGGCAAGCUUUUGAGGAUCGCUUGGGACGAGUGGAACUACAGCAAAAGAACCAGGUGGGCGACAUUGCCUCACUAGCAGGAAGAACCAAGAUCAACGAGAAGGACAUCUCCUCCGUCAAGAAGGCCCAGACCGUCGCCGAUAAGAAGAUUGAGAGCAUCACCGCGGAGGUCGCCAACUUGAAGGUCCAGUUCGAGGAGCAGAAACAAGCUGUUCAACCACCUGCUGAAGGCGCACACCCUGGAGGGGGAGUUGGAGCAGAUCCAUGGGCUGAUUACUACAACCGGCAGCUCGCAAGUGGGAGAAUUGGAAAUGGACAAUCUUCGAACGAUCGCCCCAACCCGGCUAAACCAUCCACGCUUCCGUCUGGAGGGGGAGAGGGCGACUUUCUCUCGGAGGAUGAUAGGAAGACGCUUGUGGUCGGCGGGUGGCUGCAGGAUACACGCAGGGCGACUAUCGAGGAGGAGUCCAAAAGUUUCCUUGAGCAUCCGGAGGUCAAACCGCUGGUGGAUGUGGAGAAGCUGGCGAUCUUCGGCCCCCGCAGAAGUGUAGGUAUGUUAAAGUUUUGCUUGCGAGAUGGUGAAAAAUCUCUCGAUGAGGUGAAGAACAGGAUGUGGAAGGUUGUCAAGGCAGCCUCUCAGCUUCGAAUUCCUCUGGAAAGCGCCAAGAACAUGGGCGAGGACAGGGCGAUUUGGUGCUCCUUCGUAAAAACCAAGCAGGCACGGACGAGAUCGGCACACAUCAGCAUGGCGCGGCGUGUCACAAUGGCCCUAGCGGCAGAGUCCAAGAACGAGGAGGGCGGUGUUCUAAACUACGAGCACACAACCACCGGCGCCUAUGACAUGGACUGGAACGCGGGAACAAUCUGGAGCGGACUACACAAAUUGGCCUCAUCGACCCACAGGAGCCCGAAGGAUGCCGAAAUCAUCACCAUGACGGGCGGCUGGAUCAACUUGGACGCUGUGGGACUCAUUGCAGGAUGCACUGUGGAGGCUGCCAAGGCAGCCUUUGAAAAAGAGCUACGCAAAUGGGGGCGAUGUGGGAGCUGGAAUCUGGGAGGACAGAAAAUUGACCUUCUGGAUGUUGCAGGACGUGAUCUUGACAUUGUCUUGGCUCAGGAGGUUUCACGGGGUGAAGUUGGUUGGGACACUACGAACACCGAACUGUUCCACUGGGUUCACCAUCAGAGUCCGCGACAAUGGCGAGGAGUAGCGAUUGGGAUCGCACAUGACAAGCUCGACAGUGUCAUCCAUCGUGUUUCCACCUCUCGUGGCAUCUGGUUGCUCGCUCGCCUUAAAGGCUUGGGACGAGUUGCCAUUGGGGCCCUUCACUGCCAUACUGGUGCCACUAAUGCCAUUUAUCAAGCCGCUGUACUACAGUUCACACAAGAAUGCCCCGGCCGAUGGAGACAAUACCCGCUGAUAUGCGGCAUCGAUGCGAAUGAAGAACUCAAGUGGAUGGAAGGCGAUGAUUGCAGAAUCUCUCUACGACGAGGAUCCACAAACCUCGAGCUCCUUUCACACCAGAUGCUUCACCUUGGGGCCUGCCCAAUUGGCCCAACUCGUGCCCAGUGGGAGUGUCCUUCUCACUUCCCGCGAGAUGAGACAAGAGUGGGCAGGCAAAUUGAUGGAGUCUGGUCAAGGCUACUCGACACAAAUGAAGUGAGACUUGAUGCUGAACGACGCCACGUUAUCGGCACCGACCAUGCCCUUGUCUACGUGGAUCUGUUCUCCAAUGGGAAAAGUCAAGAUCGAUGGGGUCGAGAUUCUCGUCCUCGCUAUCUUUGUGCCGACAUCCCAUCUGUAGAUAUUCAGACCGCGGCAGACCUCGCCCAAGUAGCUCGUGCCUGCACCUGCCCAAGGAAAUCAUUGGCCUAUGAGGAUACCGAUGAGAUCAAGGACAUGAUUCGGGAGGCCCGCAUCACCAAUGAGAAAAAAGACUGGAAACGAGUUCAUAAGGCUAGAAGAACGGCCAAGCGAGCGUGGGAGCAACAAAGGCUUAGCAACAUCCUGCACGGUGACUGGCACCAGUAUCGGGCACUCCAGCGUGAAAAGAAACGCCGAACCGGAUGGUGGGGAAAGAUGCUACAAAACCAGUCUGCGUCUGACAACACUGAGAAAGUCAAAGCUCACCUUAGCUCCAAGCUUGUCAAUGAGUUCGGCAAGGAUUGGGACGAACUUCUCCAGAUGCAAAUUGAUGCGAUCGAGACACGCAGCAUCUACCAGCCCUUCACCAUGAUUGAAGUCCGCGAAGUCUUGCAAGACAUGAAGGUGAAUAGCGCCGUUGGGCCAGAUGGCAUCAGUGUUUCUUUCCUUCGCCAUGCCAUGAGCCAUGACAUUGUCGCCCCUUUGAUAUUGGACCUCAUCAAUAACAUCAUUGAAUGGGUCGACAUGCCUGACAACUGGGAAGAUAACUUCCUUGCCUUGCUCGCCAAAGUUGACUACCCUGAGAAGCCGGGUGACUUGCGCCCUAUCUGUGUAAGCUCAGCGUUCCACAAGCUCAUUAACAAGCUUGUCUGCACGAGGGCGCUCCCCAGCAUGAGGAUUGGAUCGCGCAUCUCAGGAUGCGGCAAGGGGAGACAGGCCGCAGACAUCAUUGGGACGAUGACUCGACUGAGAGACCUCACGCAAGAAUGGGAUCUCCCUAUCCUGCUUUGCAAACUCGACAUCUCGGGCGCGUUUGACAAGCUGGACAGACAGAAAGUGGUCGAACUACUUCGGGAACGGCUUGGAGGGGGAGAUCUUGAUCAUGAACUCAAAUAUCUCAUGGCACAGUUGAGAACUUACAAACUGACCGGCAAGGUGCCAGGCGGGGGCGAGAUCUCUCUUUCCCCUAAUAUCGGCAUAAAACAAGGGGCUCCAGAAAGCGCGGAAGUCUUCGGUCUUGUCAUGGACGCUAUCCUCACCCAGCUGAUUGAACACGCGGGCUGGAAGGCCUUUGGUCGUCCCCUCCCAGGACUGGACGUUGAACUGGUCUUUUACCAGGAUGAUAUUUUCCUGAUUGAAACCAAUUUGGGGCGACUGGGGAAAAGGGUGAAAGUGCUUGAACGCUGUCUUCUUCGUCAUGGGUUGAAUUUAGCGCCAGAGAAGACCAAGAUUGUGGCAUCAAGCUCAUACCGAGGGGCGAGAAGAGCACUCGUGGGAGGAACAUUCUUUUCUGUCGCGGACGGCCAUGACUCCGUUCGCGUGCUUGGGAUCUCCUUUAACUUGCAAGACUCAGCGUCUCAACAGGCGAGGGAGAUUCUACAACGUACCCGUGGAGCAGCGAUGUGCCACAAAGAACUUCUUCGAGGGCGAGCUAGCUGGGAGCGAAAGGCGAACAUGAUCGGGACCCUCGUUGAAUCACAGUUCACCUGGACGGGAGGAGCUCUACACUGGUCGCCGGAAGAUCUUCGACAGGCGAAUACCCUGCAGCUCCAUGUGCUGCGCAGUGCAUUCAGGAUAGCAAGAACCAAAGAUGAAACCUGGGCCGACUGGAACACCCGCAGCAUGAGACUCUGCAGAGCGUGGCUUGCCGCUCAAGGACGUCCGCGUUGGUCUGCACGAUUGCUUACCCUGCAACAUACACUGUUGGGCCAUUGGGCCCGCAUGCAGGAAACACUAGGCCCCGACAAAGGCGCCAUUCCGUGCCUGCCGAUGCGAGCAUUCCAGUGGAGAAGCACUGCGUGGUGGCGAAAACAGCAGCAACUCACACCACGGACAGGGGUUCGGCAUCCUCGCAGAGUUUAUAUCUCGAACGUCGAACAGAUGCUAGCUGCUACGCAUGGCUGUGAAUGGCCGGACCUUGCUCAGAAUCGGCAAAGAUGGACAGCCUGUCGCCAAGAGUAUCUCAACAGAUGGGACCCAAAGUGGUGCCGUGGACGUCAACUGGCAUUGCAAAACUAA